AUGGAUAGUCUCAUUGAUCGUGGAAUUGCUACGAAAGAGCAAGUGGGAAGUAGAAAUGAUUCGGUUAAUAAAUUGGCUGAAAUUAAUAACCGCGAGGCUAUUGAUGUGUCACAGAAGGCUAAGGUUAAAUGGACGGUAGAAGGUGAUGAAAAUUCUAAGUUUUUUCAUGGUAUUCUUGAAAAGAAGCGAAGACAGAUGGUUAGUAUAGGUGUUAUGCGAGAUGGGAGUUGGAUUGUUGACCUGGGUCUUGUUAACGUCGAGUUUUUUGAUCAUUUUUGGAAACGUUUCGCUCUUGUUUCUGGCUCAUGGUUUUGGUGUGGGGUUGAUAUGCUAAAUUGGCUUUCUUCUAUUCAGUCUUCAAAUCUGGAGACUCCUUUCUCGUGUGAUGAAAUCAAAAGGGUUGUGUGGGAUCGUGGUAGUGAUCAGGCUCCUCGUCCUAAUGGUUUUAAUUUCAAUUUUAUAAAAGCCAUUUGGGAUAUUGUGGAAGAUGAUGUCGUUUGCUCUAUGGAGGAUUUUGCGAUCUCUUCAUGCUUUCCUAAAGGGUGUAAUUCUUCUUUUUUAGCUUUGAUACUGAAAAUUGCUAAUGCUAUUGGUGAACAAUACGCGUUUAUUAAAGGCAGAAAUAUUUUGGAUGGUCCUCUCAUUCUUAAUGAAAUUAUGGAGUGGUAUUAUAAGAGUAAUCGAUCCUUGCCUAUUUUUAAAGUAGAUUUUGAAAAUGCCUAUAAUUCUCUUAGAUGGGACUAUUUGGAUCUUAUUUUGGCAGAUUUUGGGUUUGGGUGUAAAUGGAGAAAAUGGAUUGUUCUUAGUUACGAGGUCUCUUCUUUGCCUUUUUCGUAUCUUGGUGUUCCUGUAGGUUGCAAUAUGUCUCAUAUUUCUAACUGGAAAGGUGUUAUUGACAAAUUCAAGCAGAAGCUCUCUAGUUGCAAAGCUAAUUGCCUUUCUGUUGGUGCUAGAUUAACUAUGAUUAAGAUAGUUCUUGGAAAUUUACCUACUUAUUACAUGUCUCUUUAUAAAAUUUCGAGGACUGUUGAGGGACUUUUGGAAUCAAUGAGGAAUAGUUUUUUUAUUGUGGUGAUUUGA